UCUUGAGUGUUCCCCAGCAACAGCAGCACCAGGCAGCUCAAAAAAACAUACUGCCUGCAAAAACUUGAGCACAGCUUAAUUCUGUGAAAUUUGCCCUCUUUCUAGGCCGCUGGUUAGAGACUCCUCUGUCAAGAGACGGCUCAGGUCCACAACAGGGCUGGCGGUGCAGCUUUCUGGGUCCCGUGAUGGUGAUGGGCGGAGGGACAGGUUGCCUUGUCCCAGCACCGGGUAUGUGGGUGGGACUCCAGGGUCACCCCUGCCUUUUUUUCGCAGCAGAGCCCCAGCUGGUGCCAGCCCUAUGCUGCAGCCCCGGAGAAGAGCUCUGGAGGAAGGAAAGAGCUCUUUUCCCCAGAGGCAAGAGCUCUGGCUGGAUGCCAUCCUCAGGAGUAGAGCCCAGGAGAUGCAGGUAAUCCCAUUGCCCUUGAUUGGUCUACUCAUGAAAGUCUUGGACCUCAGUGGAUCUAGUAUCCUACAUCACUGUCCUCAGACUCCAAGGCACGGAGAAGAUCUCAGGAGAGCCCUGGCCGAGGAGCAAGUGCAGGAGCAGCUGGAGCCAAAAGCACCUGAGCCUGAGGAGGUCAGAGCACACACUGCUGUGCAGACAGAGUUGUGUUCUGAUGAGCCUGGGGACCAUGGAAUAAAGGUGGAGAUGGUGUGUCAGGCAGACGUGCACCUUGAGCAACCACCCGCUUUGCUCUGCAGCCUGGCAGAAGAAGGAGGAGCCAUGGCCUGGCAAGCUAAAGGAGGAGGGGCAAAGCCAGGCUCACAAACCCUGUAGCAAAACAACCCAUAUCUGCAG